AUGAAUUGUUCGCGUUGCACACUUUUCCAAGUUUCAGUUUGGCGAGACCUCGCCGUGAGAGCGUACGUGUUUCGCGAUUUAAAACAAAGCCACAAAGAGCUCGAUGCGAAAUUUAAUCCCGUACGAUAAAUGUUACACGUGGGACGUUUUUAAUACUGUGUGAUAAUGAAACGCGUAUAAACCGUAUUAUAGUUUAGUGAUUACAAAAAAAAAGUGCAAUGGCCUUCAAAUAUAACUUUUUUUUCAAUCCGUUACGCCGUGAUGAUGUGUGAACGAAAAAAUAAAAUAAAAUUGGGACAUUAACUGGUACAUUUUAAAGUGCCCAAUGAAUCUAAAAUAGUUUAUUUACAUAGUUUAUUUAUAGAAAUUACGUGGGAUUAGAAGUAUAGACGUGUUUGGACGUGCGAUGGGCGGAAUCGGAGCGAUUGUGUUUUAAAACGAAGCCUUAGAAAAUACACGUAUUGGAUUAACAGUUAACAAACAUAAUGUGGCCACCAUCGCAAGCCAGCAAAUUCCUUAUUUUGCUUGUACUCAUCUUAGUCGUCAUUUACUGCGUCUUCAUGGACACGCUCUUGUAUAUGAGAGUGCAGUAUUACAGCAUAGAAACAUUUGAGACUUCAACGCAAACCACAUUCCAAGAAUCGCCCACAACGAGACUCCGGGCUCUGAGCUACGAAGAUGUUGUCUGGAUACCUUGCAGUGUGAAUCCUUUAUGCCUUCCAACAGUCAAGGCUUUGAUGGUCGAUCACAUCAACCAUUACAUCUACGGUCCCUUGUGCGCGAUCCUAGAUAAAGCAUUGAGGAUAUCCGAUAGAAUGCUCUUCCUGACACCGAACACGAUAUCGUGCGCUCACGUUUUUAUAGCAAUGAUUGGCGCGAACCUUUUGACGUGUCCGAAUCUAAGCGUCCGUCGUAUGGGCAUAGUGCUCUUCCAGAUCAGGAUGUUCCUGGACGAUUUGGACGGUCACGUGGCUAGAGAGCGUAAGCAUAUCAGAGGUGAAAGGUCAGAAGUCGGCAGCCUUGGUUACUGGGUCGACGGAAUUUGCGAUUUAAUUGGCGUAGUCGCGAUGAUGCUCGGCAUAUUCGUGUACUUCAAGCAGUAUCCGCCCAGACGUGGGUACAGGGGUACUUCAGCAUCAGCGUUACCGUACUAUCAGCUAAAAGAGAUGAACGCUGCCGAGAAUAUGGAAAAGGACCACGCGUCAGACGUGGGGAUCUCGUACAAAACCAAAGUGUCUCUGAAGGCGAUAAUUCAAGUUAUUAUACUGUUUUCUGGUCAAAUGGUACUGUCUUCUGUUGCCUGGAAUAGAUAUAUAAAUGUUUACCAGGAAAUGUUCGAGAACAGCAAUGGAUAUCUGGCCAGGAGGCUGGUCACUUUUAGAUCUGUGAGAUUCUUUUGUGCCACUUUGAUGUGGAGGAUAUUGAACCCGCAUAGUUACUUGCAUGUUCUAUCGCUAGCCGUGUUUAUUGAUAAGACGUGGUCUCUCCUGAAAUCGGUCCGAUACAUCGGCUACGUGUUGUUGUUACUGGCCGUUUUUGUAACUGAAUAUUUGAUUAGUGGCUUCGAAGCCUCCGUUAAAACCUCCGUUGAUGGUAGAUAAGCACAUGUUAUCAGUCUUAAGAGUUUAGUUACUUUGGUUAUGCCACGAGAAGCGGUAAUUUUAGUUGACAAUGUAAACCCAGUUUUAACUUAUUAUUUAAUUAUUUAAUGUAGGUUGCCUGGUCGAUGAUGCUAUAAGCGUUGAAGCCGGCAUUUUUUAUUUACAAAUUAUUAAAAAAAAUCAUCAAAACUGUCUCUGUCUAAAGGGUGGUAUGCGAUUUUCAACUUUAACUUCAAGACAGUGUGUUGCAUAAUUCAUUACAUAUCGAAGAAUUGUAUAAGUUUAUUGCCUUGUGAGCCCUUAUGAUCUUGCUUCGCUAACCUUUUUUAUU